GAUGUUUUAUAAACUACUGAUCAUAGGGUCAGUUGUGGUGGCAGUCAAUUCGUUGAGGUGUGUCUUCGGUGGACAGGGCACCGUGAAUGGGCAAACUGGCGCCUCAACGGACACUAACGUCACCUGCCGAUCAUCCACGAAGUUUUGUGUGAAACUUGAAUCCGACACCACACUUAAUGGAGGUGGUUUCCAAUAAUA